AUGGAGCGCAUAGCAAAGAAGGCGGUCGCGACGUCAAAACCGUUCAGAUUUCUGGUCGGCCCUCUCCAAACAGAAUACACUAUUCAUUCAGCUCUUGUCGCACAUCAGUCACCAGCUCUCGCUGCCAUGGUGAAUGGCAAAUUCCAAGAAUCGCAAGAACGUUGUGUCAAAUGGGACGAUGUAGACGAGAUAGUCUUCAACAGUUUCUGGCAGUUUGUCUAUACAGGAGACUACGACACUCCAGAACCACUUCCACCCGCUCAAAGGACUUCCGGCAUGGAAGACCAUAAAUCAGAUACUUCAGAUAAACCUGCUGAAGCAGAAGCAGUAACAGAUCCAGAAGAACCGGAAUCAGAAGAGCAAGAACCACAAGAUCCAGAAGUAGAGUUCGGUUCAGGGUCAGAGUAUACUGAAAUAUCCUGGCCUUAUAUAUCCUGGGUGCCUAGAGCUUUGAGUCCUAUAUCAGCAAUACGGCAGGAGAAGAAGACAAGUGUUGGAAAGUCGUUAAUAUGGUGUAAAUUUCUCCAUUCUUGGGAAAUCCAACCUCAGACUAUCGAUGCCAAUAUUUCACUCAAAGACCAGGCAAACACCUUGGUACACCAUGCUAAAGUCUUUACGCUGGCCGACCGCUAUGGAAUUGAAAGACUUUCAGAAGUAUCUCAGAGAAAACUUUAUGAUGAGUUAACAGAUUUGUGCACGGAGGGUGUGGACUAUAGAAAUAUGGUAGAUCUAGUGCGAUAUACUUUCGAAGACCUAGUGCCGGACCAGUUGAGGGAUAUGGUUGUGGAAUUUAGUGCUUGUGUGGUUGAGAAACUUUGGGGGUAUGAGGAAUUCGAUCAGCUUCUGGAAAAACAUGGCAUCUUGUCGAAAGCGCUUAUAGGGAGGUUACUGUACAGACUUGCAGAGCCUCCUUCACGGCUUUACGAUCAUUAA